UCGAGCCCGUGUUCCCACGGUCGUUCGCAUGACAACCAUAUUGGCAUCGAUCGAUGGUUGGAAACAGAGAUCAGCGUCAAUUUGGACGGUGCGAAUGAGUCAGCCUGUACGUUUAUUGAUGGGAUUCGCUAUACUUAAGUUAGAGGAUUACUUGUAGCAGUUCUCAAGUAUUUCAGGAAAGCUUGAAAGCACUUAAUGGCGGCUGAGAGAAAAACUCACGCGUCCCCCAAUGAACAACCGGAUUCCUCUCGUUGGUACCUCAAUCGAUCAGUAGGCACUUCUUCGAUCGGGCCUCAUCUCGAUGUUUCCGUAAUUCGAAAAUUUCACCGUCAUCACCUACCUAAAUACUCCCCUACCCGCUUGGUUCGCCUUCCUCAAUCGAUCUCACACGAGCUCGGUCUUGGACAGAUAUUUGCAAAAGAGGAGAGUCUGCGUGCUGGCCUCCCGUCCUUCAAGAUUCUGGGCGCGUCAUGGGCAAUCUUUAAGCUUUUAGUCCUGCGCUUCAACUUGGACACCUCCGAUCCGAGCAUUCCGCUGGAUGCCAUCAGAGCAUGCAUAAGAAAUGAGGAGACGCAAACUGGAUCUAGAUUGCAACUAGUCACAGCAACUGAUGGAAAUCAUGGACGGGCUGUUGCAGUCAUGGCUAGGCUGGUCCGAGUUCGCGCUAUCAUCUUCGUUCCCAAACGCGUAGGCGAAGGGGCGGUUAAGAUGAUCCGGGACGAAGGCGCCGAAGUCAUCCUUGUCGAUGGAGAUUACGACCGGGCAUUGUAUGAGGCCUGUAAACGCUCUAGUGAAGGAUCAACAUUACCCGAUGGAAGCCGCACAACGUCCAUCUUAGUUCAAGAUUCGUACGUCGAAGGGGAUGCUGCGUCUCCGAUUCCGGGCUGGAUUGUGGACGGUUAUUCUACGAUAUUUUCUGAAGUAGAUGAGCAGCUUGACUCCAACGCACUGGACAUGGUGGUUGUGCCAGCAGGGGUCGGAUCCCUCGCGCACGCCGCUGUGCAACACUAUCGCCAUCCUCGGAGCUCGAACCCCGCAAUUUUCCUUGUGGAACCCACUUCCGCACCAUGCAUUAAUUCUUCCCUCCACGCUGGUCGCCUUACAUCCGUUUUAACGAAGGGAACAAUCAUGGAAGGCCUCAACUGUGGCACCCCAUCUACAUUAUCAUUCCCUGACUUGAAAGCCUUUGUAGACGCUAGUGUGGUGGUUGACGAUUCUGCUACACUCAAGGCGAUGGGAAUGCUUAAAGACGUUGGGAUCGACUCGGGCCCGUGCGGUGCUGCAACUCUUGCGGGACUUUACGCCGUACUGGGGCCCAGUGUGGCUGAAGUAGUCCGAAACAACAGAAAGGAUGAACUGGGGUUAGACGCGCAAAGUGUUGUCGUGCUAGUGAGCACGGAGGGCCGCAAUACAUGGGAACACCGACAGAACGUGACUCGGGACACAUCACCACUUGCCAUAUCUGAUCCUGUCAAACUUGCUCAAGCCCUAGUACGAAUAUCCUCUCCAAACCCUGAUCUUUCUAUGGGUAGUGAAAAAUCUGAGGGAGAAAACGCAAUUGCAUCUUACGUUCGCGACUGGUUGCUUCACCAUGGGUUCGAAGUUCACUGGCUUGAACGAACGAAAGGGCGGCCAUCAGUCGUCGGCGUAGCCCCUGGAAGUCAUCCUUCCUUCGUUGAAACGGAGCCUAGGCCAAAAUCAAUCCUACUUACAGGCCAUUUGGACACGGUUUCGCUUGCUUCCUACAACCAAUCAGAGGAUCCACUCAGUGGCGCCAUCAAGGAUGGAAAGUUGUACGGCCGAGGCACAUACGAUAUGAAGGCAGGCAUGGCAGCAUUUUUAGCCGCUGCUUAUAAUGCCUCUUUAGAGUCACACCGAGGAGAUAUUAUAGUCGCUUGCGUUGCUGACGAGGAGUAUUCUAGUCUCGGAACUCGGGAAAUUCUCGAGGCAGGAUGGCGAGCAGAUGGUGCAAUUGUUCCCGAGCCCACAGACCAGCAACUCGCACUAUCCCAUCGUGGAUUUGUUUGGGUAGAAGUGGUGAUCCAUGGUGUGGCAGCGCACGGAUCACGACCAGACCUUGGAGUGGACGCUAUUGCGAAAGCGGGGUACUUUCUCGUUGAGAUCGACAAAUAUGCGCAAAGGCUCUCUCAGGGUCCAAGAAAACAGAAAGGGUCUGUCCACGCAUCCCUCGUCAAGGGGGGUGAGGAGCCAUCAUCGUACCCUGCGACCUGUCAUAUCACAUUGGAGCGUCGGACAAUUGAAGGCGAAACUAUCGAGUCGGUCCAAAGCGAGAUUGAGAUGAUCUUAUCAGGCCUUUCUACUACAGUCCCUGGCUUCCAAUACACUCUGAAGAUGGGGAUGUCGCGGCCGCCAUUCUCAAUCUCAUCAGACCACCCCCUCGUUCAAACCGCCGAGGAUGCCUACCGCCAGGUACUGAACCAGGAUCCUGUAAGGGGUGAACUGUUGGCAUGGACUGACUGUGCGUUGCUUCAUGAGGCGGGUGUCCCUGCCUUGCUAUUUGGUCCUAAAGGUUUCGGUGCGCACGGGGCUGAUGAAUGGGCUGAGGUGCAAAGCAUUAUGGAUCUCACUGAUGUCCUGACAAAAUUAGUGCAGGAAUGGUGUAAGUAAUUGGUCUUGUAUAACCGAAGAAAGAGGUGUAAAAAAAGUAGAGAAGUCAGUAAUGGAAGAAAUGCAUCGUAGUACAAUGAGAUGCCUGUCCAGGGAGAAGAAUGGCAGGUAACUGUAGUAAG